ACCCUCAUUAUACAAGGUUUCGGUUUUGACACACUCGAGAUGACUUUGAUGCAGAUUCCGUACGGUUCCUUCAUCUGCUUCUGCAUCCUAUUUUCUGUCUGACUUAACACCAAAGCUUCAAAGAAUAGCAGAACCCUCCUCAUGAUCGUCUUUCUCCUGCCUAACAUCGUUGGUAGCUUGUGUAAGGGCAUCAAACUAGCUAAGCUAGUCUGCUGAUCUGAUCCUUGGGCUCAGAUGAAGGCUUGGGGUCCUGCAACUUCAAAGCCUACGCGCCUGAUUGGUUACUGGUUGACUGGAUCGUACAGUGCUACGUUCGUCCUCGGACUGUCACUUGUAUAUGGAAACGUCGGUGGUCAAACGAAGAAAGCCAUCACCAAUGCGGCUGUCUUCUUGGGUCUAUGUACAGGAAACAUCGUCAGGCGCUUUCUCUUCAAGACUUCAGAGGCACCAAAAUACACCACCGGUAUUGUCGCCAAUAUCGUCGGAGUCUUCGUGAUUCUAGCCUUGAGGACCCUGUUCUUGACGUCGAAUAAGCGGAGAGACUGAGAGAUGGCGGAAGGAGGAGUCAAGUGCACAGCGAUGGUGGAUGAUAUAACGGAUUUUGCGAAUCCUGCGUUUAGAUAUGUAGCGUAGGGUUGUAGGUUCAAUCCUUUUCAAGUGUGGGAAAUUGACUGAUGAUAUUGU